AUGAGAGCACUUCAGGAUGUAGAGGACAUCAUCUACUGGAGUCGUGAGAGGGUGAAGCAGGGAGCGAGAGCAUGUCAGUGGUUUGAGCCAUCUCAGUUUGAAACAUACUGGGCUGUUCUCUCAUGCAGCAAGAAUUUGGCUGGCAGCCUGGGCCCCAUUAUUGCUACGCUGCUGGCCGAGAGUUACAGUUGGAGGACGAUACUUGUAUCUGGAAUGAUUUGUGUGUUGUUCUCCUUUGUCUGUCUGCUGCUCAUCAAGAAUGAGCCCAAGGAGGUGGGGCUGCCCAACAUAGAGGCAGCAAAAACAAAGAGCAAAGAAGGAUCAUCUGGUGACAAAAGCACCCUGUCAGAGUUCCUGCUGUCACCCUACCUGUGGCUGCUAUCUGUCUCUUUCUUGGUGAUGUUUGGAGUAAAAACAGCCUGCACUGACUGGGGUCAGCUGUUCCUCAUUCAAGACAAGGGCCAGUCUACACUUAUGGGUAGCUCAUACAUGAGUGCCCUGGAGGUUGGAGGCCUGUUGCGCAGUCUUGCAGCAGGACACUUUUCUGAUAAGGCUGUGGCCACACAAGGUGUGAGGAUCUAUGGCAAUCCUCUGCAUUUUACCCUGAUCUGCAUGAUGGCUGGAAUGUUUGUGUCCAUGUACCUUUUCAGAGUCACAGUAACUCCAGACAGCUCAAUGGUGUUGAUACUCAGCCUGGGUGCUACCUUUGGUUCCUCCUCCUUAGGGCCAAUAGCAUUGUUUGGAGACAGCCAUUUAAGUGCUCCUUCCAAAUACUGCAGGACAUCAUGGCCAACAUUGGAGGCUUUAUGUCCGGGCUGCCAUUCAGCACCAUUGCAAAGGGCCAUGGCUGGGAAAUGGCCUUCUGGGUAGCAGAAAUCACAUGUGGUGCUGCCACUAUUGGAUUCUUCUUGCUAUGCAACAUUUGAAUAAAGAUGGGUCGUGUCU